AUUACAGCUCUUGUUUAUCCGCCCACCCCUUUCCCCUCUCUCUCUCUCUCUCUCCACCAACCUUCCCUUCAAUGGCGAAACUGGUGGUGGAAGCUCUGGAAGCCACCGAUCUCAUGCCAAAAGACGGCCAUGGCAGCGCAAGUCCCUUCGUCGAAGUCGAAUUUGAGAACCAGCGCCACAGAACCUCCACAAAGCCGAAAGAUCUCAACCCUAUUUGGAACGAAAAGCUUUUCUUCAAAAUCCCCAAUCCCAGAUCUCUCCCCGACCAAACCAUCGACGUCUCCGUCUACAACGACAACCACCACGGCCACCACCGCAACUUCCUCGGCCGAGUUCGAAUUUCCGGCUCCUCCGUCCCCUCCCAGCCCGACGCCGCCGUCCACCGCUACCCCCUCGACAAACGAGGCCUCUUCUCUCACGUCAGAGGCGAAAUCGCUCUAAAAAUCUACGCCGCCCCCGCCGACCCACUCGAUUCCGACGACGACGCGCCGCCGCACUCCGAAACCGCCGCCGAUCGGAGUCACCACAAAUCGGCCGAGAAUCAUUCCCCCCCUACCGACGAUAAUGGCGGAAACGAGUAUUUCUACUUCAAGGAAAAGCCCAAGAAGAAAAAGAAGGAAAAAGAGGUUAGAACUUUCUACUCCGUCGCCUCCGGCGGCGGCCCCCCUCCCUCAGAAAAACCCCCUUUCGUCGAUUCCUCGCGGACCGAUUUCGCCCGAACCGGCGGAGCACCGACCGUAAUGCAGAUGCAAUUUCCGGCGGGGCAGAAGCCGGAGUACGGCGUCGUCGAGACGCGGCCGCCGGUUGCGGCGCGUAUGGGAUACUGGGGAAGAGACAAAACCGCGAGCACAUACGAUUUAGUAGAACAAAUGAACUUCUUAUACGUGAACGUCGUCAAAGCUCGGGAUCUUCCGGUGAUGGACAUUUCCGGCAGCCUCGAUCCUUACGUCGAAGUUAAGGUCGGAAACUACAAAGGCGUCACCAAACAUCUCGAAAAAAACCAAUACCCGAUCUGGAACAGCGUCUUCGCCUUCUCCAAGGAACGAUUACAGAGCAAUCUGAUCGAAGUCACCGUCAAAGACAAGGACAUCGGAAAAGACGACUUCGUCGGAAAAGUCGUUUUCGACGUCGCCGAAGUCCCCCAGCGCGUCCCGCCGGACAGCCCCCUGGCGCCGCAGUGGUACCGUCUGGCCAAUAAGCGCGGCGAAGGCCGGCCGGACAACGGCGAGAUCAUGCUCGCCGUCUGGAUGGGCACUCAGGCCGACGAGGCCUUCCCGGAGGCGUGGCAUUCCGACGCACACAAUGUCAGCCAGCAGAGCUUAGUCAGCACCAGAUCCAAAGUAUAUUUUUCGCCCAAAUUAUAUUACCUCCGCGCACAUAUAAUCGCGGCGCAGGAUUUAAUAUCGCCAUCCGAUAAAGGUCGAAUGCCGGAGGCGUUCGUAAAAGUGCAGCUCGGGUAUCAAAUACGCGUGACGAGGCCGUCGCCGAAGAAUAUGAAUCCCGAGUGGAAUGAGGAGUUAAUGUUUGUCGCAUCUGAGCCUUUUGACGAGUACAUUAUGAUUAGCGUGGAGGAUCGGGUUGGUUCGGGAAAGGACGAACCCAUCGGACGAAUUAUAAUUCCGGUUAGGGAAGUUCCGCAGCGCGUCGAGACGGCGAAGCUGCCGGAUCCGCGGUGGUUCCCGUUGCAAAAACCGUCGCUGGUCGAGGAAGAAGGGGAGAAGAAAAAGGAGGUGAAAUUUGCGAGCCGGAUACUUCUCCGGCUUUGUAUAGACGCCGGGUAUCAUGUGCUCGAUGAGUCGACGCAUUUUAGCAGCGAUUUGCAGCCGUCCUCGAAGCAUUUGAGGAAGCCGAGUAUCGGGAUACUCGAAGUCGGGAUUUUGAGCGCGAGGAAUCUUCUUCCGAUGAAGGGUCGCGAUGGGAAAAUGACGGAUGCGUAUUGCGUCGCAAAGUACGGGAAUAAGUGGGUUCGGACGAGGACGCUGCUCGAUACGCUGCAUCCUCGAUGGAAUGAGCAGUACACUUGGGAAGUUUACGAUCCGUGCACAGUGAUAACCGUUGGAGUGUUUGAUAAUUGCCACAUUAACGGGAAGGACGAUUCGAGGGAUCAACGAAUCGGGAAGGUUCGAAUACGGCUCUCGACGUUGGAGACGGAUCGAGUCUAUACGAACGCGUAUCCGUUGCUCGUUCUUUCCCCGUCGGGAUUGAAAAAGCACGGCGAACUCCAUUUGGCGAUACGGUUUACGUGCACGGCGUGGGCAAACAUGGUCGUGCAAUACGGGAAGCCGUUGCUACCGAAAAUGCACUACGUCCAGCCGAUAUCGGUUAGGCACAUCGACUGGUUGCGACACCAGGCGAUGCAAAUUGUGGCCGGGAAACUAUCCCGAGCCGAGCCCCCUCUCCGGAGGGAAAUCGUUGAGUAUAUGUUAGACGUCGAUUACCAUAUGUGGAGCCUUAGGCGUAGCAAAGCAAACUUCCACCGGAUAAUGUCGCUACUUUCCGGCGUAACAUACGUUUUCCGGUGGUUUGACGGGAUUUGCCAUUGGAAAAACCCACUCACGACGAUUCUGGUGCACCUCCUGUUUUUGAUACUCGUUUGCUAUCCGGAGCUCAUUUUGCCGACGAUUUUCCUCUACCUAUUCGUGAUCGGGUUGUGGAACUAUCGGUUUAGGCCGAGGCUUCCGCCCCACAUGGACGCCUGGCUCUCGCGAGCCGAAAUGACUAACCCCGACGAAUUGGACGAGGAAUUCGACACGUUCCCGACGACGCGUCCGACGGACAUUGUGAGGAUGAGAUAUGACAGGUUGCGGAGUGUCGCCGGGAGAGUUCAAACUGUGAUCGGAGAUAUGGCGACGCAGGGUGAGCGUGCGCUGUCGAUAUUGAGCUGGAGAGAUCCGCGAGCUACGGCGAUCUUCAUAAUAUUCUCGUUGAUUUGGGCCGUGUUUUUAUACGUUACGCCAUUCCAAGUUGUCGCCGUGUUAAUUGGCCUUUACGUGUUGCGCCAUCCGCGCUUUCGGGGCAAGCUGCCUUCGGUACCCGUCAAUUUCUUCAAAAGAUUGCCGGCUAGAUCGGAUUCACUUCUUUGAAACCGGAGUUGGACUGAACGAUUAUGGAUCGAAUUAAAUGCGCGACUACCGGCUGCCGGAUUAGUUAGUCAAAUUCUUCGGCUGUUAGGGUUCGAAUCGCGGCUAUUGCUAUCGGGGAUGAGGUGACUUAUGCUUUUUUUAGCGGCCAAAGCCGUCUUCUUGUCUAUAAACUCGCUAUGCGGUACUUGCUAUAUUGUUCUUCGGCUGCUGCUAAGCUUUACCUACAAUGGCUACGUUUGAAUACAAAAUAAUUUUUUAAGAUAA